CGCCCCGCCGGCAGCCACGGCCCCGCCCGCGGGGGAGGAUCGGGGCGGCAGCAGGAACAGUACCGGUACCACCAUGUUGUGCGGGGCUCCCUCGGCGGUCCGUCCCGCCACCGACGAGACGCAGCAGAUCGUGCAGGAGGUGAAAUCUCAGCUAGAAGAAAAAGAAGGGAAAACCUUUGAUGUCUUCACUGCAGUGGAGUUCAAAACCCAGGUGGUUGCUGGAACAAACUACUUCAUCAAGGUCCAUGUUGGCAAUGAUGAGUUCAUGCACCUGCGGGUGUUCAAGAGCCUUCCCCACGAGAACAAGCCGCUGAGCCUCCACAGUUACCAAAGCAGCAAGGCAAAGCACGAUGAACUGGCUUAUUUCUAGCAAGCUUGUCUUGUUCGUUUUCCUAACGGUUUCUUACGUGCAUUUUCUAUAGGCUGAAAAAUGUUGAUUCCCGUGCCAACAAAGGAGGGGAAAAAAGUGUCUUUUUUUAACGUAAUGGUGGGAAAAAAAACAAUUUCUUUUAUGUCAUUCCCUUCCUGUGCAAUCUCUAAGUUUGAGAGUCAUACGGCUCUCCUAUUACCUGCACUGAUGCAAACCCAACUGUAGUUGCAACUUUACUUAGACUUUAGUCCUGUUUGUGGACUUCCUUGGUCUGGAAAUCAGAAGGGGAGUGACACUACUACUCAUGUAUUUGUAGCAAGAAGCAAGACGAAAGCCUGUCUUUUCUGUGCUGUUUUGCAGCUGUGAAUACAUGUGUAGCUUUAAACUGUACUAUGUAUUUUAUUGGCAAAGAUGUGAAGAGAGACUUGAGCUGAAACAAUUUUGCAGGGAAGGGAUAGAGGAUUACAGUACUUUGAAACAAACAUUCCCGUGGUAAUCAUGUUCAUCCUCUUGCAGCAGUAGCAUGUAAUGUCCCGUAGAGGGUGUGUGAGUUUAAAGAACCAAAUCAGCUUGCUUAUGUUCUCAGUCCUAUGGAAAAGUCGUGAAAAGGAACUUACGCUGGACAAGCAUCUCUGCAUUAAUAACAAUAAAUAUUUCUUUUGACUUGACAUGGCA